CGGGAGGGUGUAUGAUGACGAUGGCGAUGAGAUGAUAAUGGUAACGUGUAGGGAGGAGGAGGAGGAAUAGGAGUGGAAAUAAAAGCUCGUGUGUGUCCGUUCACGAAGAGAGAGUAAAGGAGAGGGACAUAAACGCGCUCAGAGACUUACGAGGAGGAAGGAAAAAGACAAAAAGAAGCCUCGAACAAGUGGUUUCUGACAUUUUUCACCUUGGCUGACGUCGACGAGCAUCAGGCAUCAGUGGAGAGACCUCACAGCGGUCGUGGUUUACCCUCCUUCCCUUCUCUUCCCCAUCCGCACCCUCCUUGCCUCCUCUGAAUGACUCAGCGAAACAUGCCUGUGGUGUCUACAAUCACAGAUCUACAUGAGACCUUGGCCCUGCUCACCUCUCAGCUCCACCCCGAUGCCAACCACAAGGAGGACCUGGUCUUCCUUAAAGGUGUCUUCAGUGAGAAAAGCCUUGGCUACCUCAUGAAGGUCCACGACAAACUGAAACAGUACGAGAAGCAGAGCCCUUCCCCGGUACUGCACAGCGCCUCCUGUCUGGCAGAGGAUCUGACCGAGGAGCUCCAGGAUGGGCCCCUUGAGGAGGAUGAAAAAGAGCUGCUUCUGCUGCUGAGUGCUCCUCACCUUAAGGCCGUGCUGUCAGCCCACGACACGGUGGCCCAAAAGAAUUUCGACCCGGUGCUGCCGCCACUGCCAGACGACGUGGACGACGACCUGGAGGAGGAGUCUGUGAAGAUUGUGCGUCUGGUGAAGAACAAGGAACCUUUGGGAGCGACUAUCCGGCGGGAUGAGGUCACGGGGGCUGUCAUCGUGGCUCGGAUCAUGAGGGGAGGAGCUGCUGAUCGCAGCGGUCUGGUGCAUGUGGGGGACGAGCUGCGCGAGGUCAAUGGCAACCUGAUAACCCACAAAAGGCCGGAUGAAAUUAGUCACAUUCUGGUAGAAGCCAUGUUUCAUUUGCAAUAUCGUGCAUGGAAAGACUUGUUGUUUUUGUUGUUUGUUUUUGAGCAGUCGCAGUCGCAAGGAUCCAUCACGCUUAAAAUUAUCCCGGCCAUCGUGGAAGAAGACAAGAUGAAGGAAAGCAGGGUCUACCUAAGAGCUUUGUUCGACUACGUGCCCUUUGAGGACCGGGCCACGCCCUGUCAGGAGGCGGGGCUUCCUUUUAAGAGGGGGGACAUCCUGCAGGUGGUGAGUCAGGAGGACGCUACGUGGUGGCAGGCCAAGAAAGUGGGCGACUGCAACCUGCGCGCCGCCCUCAUCCCCUCCACGCACUUUCAGGAGAGGCGCCUGAGAUACCGUCUGAAGACAGGCUCGUUCCCAGCCUCCGUGUACCCCAAAGUGACCACAUACGAGCGGGCUGAACAAGAAGACGCCAAUGUUGAGGCUGGCUUGCGCAGGAGUUUCCGUCUCAAGAAGGAACGUCAGAGUUCACCGGGAGAUCCUCGCACUCCUGAUGCAACUCACAGCGACUUCUUGAUAUACGAGGAAGUCACGCUUUAUGUGCCGCGCCAUGGAGAGAAACCUCGUCUCAUCGUGCUGCUAGGUUCCCUCGGUGCUCGUAUCUCUGAGCUCAAGCAGAAGGUGAUCGCAGAGAACUCCAGACUUUACGGCCUGGCUGUGCCUCACACCACGCGGCCCAGAAAGAGCCACGAGCGUGAAGGCGUGGAAUAUCACUUCAUCACCAAAGCGGCGUUCGAGGCGGACAUCCACAGUGGGACGUUUAUUGAAUAUGGAGAAUAUAAAGACAAUCUUUAUGGCACCAGUUUGGAGUCCAUUCACAGAAUUCUGGAUCAGAACAAGAUGUGCCUUGUGGACGUCCAACCUGAGGCCCUGCACAUUCUCCGCACGCCCGCGCUCAAGCCCUUUGUCGUCUUUGUGAGACCGUCCGUGUUCGACAGCGAGAGCAAAUCUCUGAGCUCCUGUUCUUCGCUACUCAGCGUGGCCAUCACGGAGCAUGACAUCCAGGACAUGAGGCAGUCAGCAGAAAAGAUGGAGCAGAGUUUUGGUCACUGGAUGGAUUACAUUCUGGUCAAGGAAGAACUGCUCAGUGCGGUUGCAGAACUUCAUGUCCUUCUAGACCGCGUGCGUCUGGAGCCCCAGUGGGUGCCCUUGUCCUGGGUGAGGACCUAGCUAACAUGUCUACUUGCCAAACUGAUCUACACCCGCUUUUGAAAUGUCAACUAUGUAGUGUUAGUGAUUGUGGGAUGAACUUGCUCAAAGUGCCAAAUCUAACAAUGCAGUGGGCAGAAAAAUGUGCUUACAUAAUUGAUGGCAGCUACUUACUGUAACAAUAAAUGUUUUACACGACCA